AUGACAAAGACAGUGGGAGCUUGUCUUUGUUUUACAGAGUACACCGACAUCGCAGUGUAUUGUGGGACUGAAUCUAUAAAUUUGGCAAUCCAGGUUUGCCCGGUCAUUUACACUGGCUAUAACGAGUCCUUGUUGAUUCUGAAUCAAAUUGCAAAUGAUCCGCUGUGUCGAGGAACGCUGGAUGCGACUGCGACUCCUCCAGUCGUGCGCUUCAGUUUUCCUCUCAGGCAAUUAGACGCCUGCGGCAGCAUCUUCCGCACCACCAGCGCUCCAGGGACCGGGGUCUUCUCGGACUUCUCUAACAUCCAGACGGUCAACAUCAGUGGGGUGGUCAGAUCUUUCGACCCCACAACAGGAACAGUGACCUACAACGCCGAGCUGAAGUAUUUUUACUCCUGUGCAUAUCCACUCGAGUACCUGAUCAACAAUACACAAGUUGAUGUGUCAUCCUCCUCCAUUGCAGUGAAGGACAACAAUGGAAGCUUCAUCAGCACUUUAAGCAUGCAGCUCUUCAAAGAUGAAAACUACACUACUCCACUCAUUAUCCCUUCUAUUGGCAUUGAGCUCAGAACCAGAAUCUAUGUGCAAGUCAUAGCAGCAAACCUGACUUCACAGUAUCAUGUUCUACUGGAUCGAUGCUACGCCUCUAUCUCAGCCCUACCCUCCAAUUCAACCUUUUUCAAUCUGUUUGUCCCGUGCUCGAAGGAUCUGUUCACCACCAUGUUGGAGAAUGGAAACAGUCAGAGGGCUCGCUUCAGCUUCCCAGCCUUCCGCUUUAUCGAGCAGCAGAACCAGACCCUUUCCACCUACUACCUCCAUUGCAUCACCAGGCUUUGUGAAACCAGCACCUGCGCCCAGUUCAAGCAAUGCAACGUGAGGGUGAGACGAGACGUACAGACAACGACAAUUAAAGAUGGUCUCUCAGACACCACUCUCAUCACCUCAGGACCUAUUAGGACUCAAGCGGACACCCCUCUUACUACUAAGGAACAAGCCCUGAGCAGUGCACAGAAGGACAGUGGUAAUGGGGCGUCUGUAGGACUGGGUGUUGCUCUGGCUGUCCUCGUCAUUGUGGGCACCGUUGCCGCCCUCAUGGCCGUGUCAUUUUACCGCAAACUCAGGAUGCUACGUUAACUGUCCACAAUCCCAGAGCUCUUUUCACGUAGGACAAAUAAAAACAGCACUGGUGGAGGUGGGAACUGGGGAUCCAUAAUAUUAUCAAUAUUUGACUUUUUAAAAUAAAUCUGUCGGCUUAGCAGACAACACGAUUGUCAUUUGAAAUGCAAAUAUUGCAACAAAAAAAAUAAAAAAUAUUAUUUAAGUAAACAUUGCUGAAUUUAUUCAUUAACACUUAUAUACUUCAGAUUUCUACAUUAUAUUUUAAAACAAAAUAUGUACAGAAAGAGGAUUACACAGGGAGCAAUGCUUGUUUAUGGAGAUUUUUGAGGAUAAAACUUAUUUAUCAUAAUGGAUCUGUGCUAAAGAUGUGCCACAUUAAAGCGGGACUCAAGGCUUUAGGAUUGACAGCUUUAAAAGAACAGGUGAAAGAAAACAUGCUUCAUGAAGUUAUUCUAACUGCUGCAUGAAGAGCCUUGCUUUGAUUUAGCACACUUGUAUUUUAUUAAUGAGGAAGGAAAGUGUCAUUUUGGAAAAGGGAUUACGGGCAUGCUUAUUUUAUUUUGGAUACUUCAUCAUAUGUAAUAUGUUUCAAAUUCAGACAGUUGAUCUCAUGGAACCUGUUUGUUUUCAAGAACUGCAUUGUUUCUGAAUUGUAUUUGUUGAGUUUUUACUCGUAUUGCAUGCAAUAAAGGCUUGUAGGAAACAA